AUGGGCAAGGACGAGGUGGACGAGAGCGUCUUGGCCGCCAACUUUACGCACGACGUGCAGCAGAUUCUCUCGACAAUCAAGGAGACAAAGGGCCGCAAGUUUGUCGACUUGGGCGAUGACGACGCUUGCCCCGAGGUGGGCUACUACGGUAGCCUCGGGCACAAACUCCAACGUCUUUUGCACGAGAUGCAGGCGCAGCUCUCGCUCACGCUCGUCGUGGAGCUUUUCGUGAGCUUUGGCGAUAUGUUCUUUGCUCUGCAAGAGUACACGGUCGCGACUCUUCUGUAUCAACGCGCCAACAGCCUCUACGGCACCAAGACGGCGCCGACCUUGUCAGACCAGCAGCUAUACGUGCGUGCCACAUAUGUUUCAGCACUCUGCGCCGUGCGCCAGCUCAACCAACGCGACCCGCGUGUCAAGUGCCCGUCGACGCUCCGACGGCAAUGUGAUGCGCUCGGGUCGCUCCAGCAUGCGCUCGCUGCCGCGCUCGCGCUCGCCGUCCAUCGCGACGUGGUCGCGGACAAAGCGACGCACGCUACGUGCAUUGGCCAUGUACUCAACGGCACAAUCCACAUCGUGAGCGUCUGCGCGCCACUGCAAACGCUUGGCUUUGAUGCGGACGUGUUGCCGUACCUCAAGUACUGCAGCCUCGCCCUCGACAGCCUCAUUCCGCUGGGAACGGUGCGCUUUCUCGCAUGGCGCACGUACAUUUACAUUGCGAUUGCGACGGGCUACAACGCCCUCGCGCUCAAACACCCGAGCAAGCGCGACGCGCUCUGGAAGUCGGCCCUCGCCGCACUGGACCUCGGGCUCAAGCGCGUACACCGGCUCCGGCAAGAAGAAGAGCUCGACUUGCCGCUGCCCGAGGCGACCGACGCUGCAUUGAAGGCAGCCGAACGCGACCUCCAAAUCGCCAAGUUUCCGAUUCUACGGUGCACUAAGGCGCCGAGUGCGCCGCAGCUUCUGGUCAGCGUCGCCAAAGCCGAUGUCGAGAGCGCGUUCUCAGACCCCAUCGCUCGCGCGCGGGCGAUGCUCCAGAUCCUCUCGCUCUCGUUGCCGUCGUCUUGGGUCGGUUUUGGCCAGUGGAUCAAGCCCACCGAGCCGCCACCGCCCGUCGUUCUUGCGCCAACCGACGUCGAGACGAUGCUGCAAGGCCUCAAGGGCCUCGCCGUCACGCUGGCGCUUAACGAGCACAUUGACUUGCUCAAGCUCAGUGUGCGCUACAAACACUGGGACACGUUUGCCGACGUCUACAGUAGUCUCCUCCCCCGGCUCUCGCCCGGUGUCGCCACGGACGAGGUCGGCCUCUUCCAUGCCUUUGUAUCGCUCAUGCAAACCGCACCGGACGAAAUGUCGGUGACACAAUUGAACGGGGAGCUCCUCACGCGCCUCGUGGUCGUCUUGCACGCCGCCGCGCGCAACGACGCGCUGUGCGCACUGCGCCAUGACGUGCUCGCCGAGAUGGUCUUCGCGCUGUGGCACUCCUGCAUCGUCCCGUGCCUCCGAGCGCUCGACGACCGGCUGCCCGACACCGACGUCCCCGUGACGGUCCAAGAGCUCACAAAGGACGUCCUCUUUGCCCUCCACGUGGUCGCCCACGCGAUCGAACUCGACGACGUCGUGUGGCGGGCGGUUGUCGCGCUCCGUCUCGGCCGCCUUCUCGCCGACGUCGGCGACACCCGUGUCGGUAUCCAAGUGCUUCGCGUCGGCCUCGACGGUAUCACGCGCGCCCGGAGCGCCUGCGUCGACGUGCAGCUCCAUGACGAAGUGGCGUCGACGCCAGACGGUCGCCACGUGCUCCACGGCGCGGCGUACGGCGCGUCGAUCCUUGACGCCGCCUUUCUUCCGUCCACCACUGACGGCGCGCUCUUUCAAAUGCAGCGCUUGAACCGGUUGCUCGCGAGUUUGGAAACCGACAUGACGCUGCUGCUCUACGAAUGCGAGUACGACGACCUUCUCCGCGCGUGCGGGCGCAAGGCAUUUGCGCACCUCGAAGCGCGCCUCGUGGCCGAGUGCAAUCGAAACGACUACCGACGUGGGCUGCUCAUGCUUCAAGCCGCACGACGUCGCGCCAAAGGUCGUGACGAGCAAGAGUCGUGCUUGGCCGACGCGCUUCGCUGCUUUCACGCGCUCCGCCAUGACGAACUGGACGUGCGCCAUGCGCCCGAGCCCGAGGCGCCCAUGCCAACCUUGCACAUGAAGCCGUCGGCGCCCCGCCUCGCCUCGCGGGGCGCCACCUUUGUGUCGCUUCGGCUUGCCCCGUUCGCACCGCUCAAGAAGCACGUCGCAUACUUCAUGGUGUUUGGCAAAGCGACGGGUGCCGGCACCGACGUCUCGCUCAACAACAUGGCGUUUCCCGGCACCGGCGCGGUUGUCGAUCCCAGCCAGACACUCGUGACGAUCUCGGGGCUCUUGCCCAACGAGAGUUAUGUGUUUGCCGUCGCGGCCUACGACAGCUCGAAUGCGGUCAUCGAAGGCAUCGGCGCCACGUCGCGUCCCGUCGUGACGUUGCAUCCGCUUCUCCUGCCACUGUGCUAUGGACUCUUGGCCCAUAUCGCCCAAGACCUCGGACACUUACCCAUCGCGGUGCAAGCGGCCAAGGCCGUCUACGCCGAGUUUGUCGACGAAGCGCCCGUGCGGAACCGAUGGCGCUGCAGCCCGCUCUUCUCCCAUGCGCUCAAGCUCGAGCGGCCGCUGGACGGCGCACCCCGGGGCGCGAUCGCAGAGUACCCGAUGCAAGUGCUGCACGUCUUCUUGCGCUGCGUCUAUAUCCUCAUCGGACCCGAAGUCGGUGAGCCGGCCACCGACGGCCGCCUUCGUAGCCCGAAUGGCACCCGCGUCGUUAUCGACGAUCAGCUCCACGUCCUCAGCAGCAUCAACCGGGGUAUGCUUGCGCUGGAGGUCGCCGCGCUCACGGGCCACCACGAGUACAUGGCGAGCGUGAGCCACCGGCUGUACCGACUCAUGGUACCGCUUUUGCACUUGCCGAGCUCGGGCGGUGCGCUCUUCCAGCCCCUCUGCAUGCUUCUCGAAAGCCUGCAGCUCGUGCCGGAAACGCACUGGGACGACGCGCUGUACGCUACGUACAUGUGCGCAAGCUUUGAGCUCCUCCGCAUUGCGACCGAGAAGGACGAGCUCCAGGCCGCGCACGCGUGUCUGAAGCUUCACGACGAUGGCCUCAAGCACCUCAAUAUGCACGUGCACGCACCGUUCCGGUCGGCCAACGCCCAAGCCUGCGGCCUCCGCGACACCAUCUUCUUGGACAGCGAGUGGAUGGCGCAGCUCGAGCUGAGCGCGACGACGACGAUUUCAGCGCCGGACGUCGACAAAGCGAAGGGCAAAGCGACGCCCCGCGACACUGACACCAAGGGCGAGCUGCCGAUCGAAGAGGCGUUGCCGGGUCUGGCCAACGUCGCCAAAGCCACGAACGAGCUGCGAACGUUCUUUGUGCACCACCGAGAGUACCUUCCGUACGUCUGCCGCGUCGUGCGGCUCGGCGUCGACCGCGGCGACAAGGGACUCGACGCGAUCUUGCAAAGUGCUGCGUGGUCGUACAAGCUCCUCAUCUCGUUCGAGGCCAAACGCACGCUCCAGCAGCUGCACGCCGCCGAGCUCGUGCCCGAGCCACCGACGCAAGCGCCCGUGCCCGACGUGCUGGCCACUGCGCGCGCCGAUCCGACGGCGACGACCGUCGAGACGACGCCGCAUGACGAGCCAAAUGUGCUGCCACCCGACGUGGUCGACACCGACGUGUACCUCUGGAGUGGCCAAGUAUUUUUCCUGCGGGGCCUCCUGCACGUCACGUCGUCGCACGCCGACGACGCCACGCUCAACCAUUUACAAGGGCCCGACCACGACCUCUCGUGGCUGUACCUGACGCCGCUCUCCGCCUCGUUGCCGGCGGCGUACGAAAGCCCAGGCGACCGACUCAAGCACGACGGUGUCCACCGCCUUCUUCUCGAGAUGGCGACCGCGACGCAGUUGUUUUACCAUGGCCGGGCGUGGCCGAAUCUGCUCGAGGCAGUGCGCGCCGUGUGGAACGGUCUCUGGCUCGCGUGGGUCUCGCCGCUCGAGUUUCACGCCAGCGGCUACGACUGGCAGCCGCUCUUUGUGUGCUGCAUGCGGGUCUGGGACGUCCUCGAACUCCAUAGCUUUGGCAUUCUCCAUAACGACGUGGACGUACUAUGUCGGUCCAUGGACGCUGUCGACGACGAGCGCCCGGUCGUCGCCACGUCGUCGCAGCUGGCGGCGGCGGCCGAUGCGACGCCCGGUCUCGACCUCGGCUGGCUCACCAAAGUCACACUCUUUACACUCCAAGUACUCUGUCAUGGCCGCGAGUGGCAAAAGCUCGUCGUCCUCGGGAAGCGAGCGCACGUGCUCAGUGGCGGCCAAAGCGCCAUGUCCGAGCUCCUUCUUCCGUGGGUCGUCUUCGCCCAAAUGCAGCGCGUUGCGCUCCAAGACGCCCGCGUUGAACGUGCGACGUCGGACCUCGCGGCGUUCGUCAAGGCGUUUGAGGACAGCCAGGCGAAGAAGAAGAAGAAGCGCAGCCGCCUCGUCGUGCACGAAGUCAUUUCCGACGAAGAGCGCGCGUUCCUGGACGCGCGCAGCGUGCACGAAGCCACCGUGAGGGACCUGACGUCGUUUCAAACGCUUCUAAAGGACCAUGGGACGCGCCUCCAGGCGUGGCUCGACCUCCUCACGCGCUCGAAAAGCAUGUGUCUGCAGGCGCUGGACCGCGCCCAGAAGAACGUCGUCAAGCGCUACGUCCUCCUCGACGAAAGCAUCUCGAAACGCGAGAUCCUCGGCGCCUUCAAGGCUUGCAUUGGCCUCUGUCGCCAGAAGCGCGCCACGCUGCAGCUCACACUGGCGCUCAUGGAGCAAGGCGACUACCUCUUUGCCGAAGCCGAUGUUGUCGGCGCGAUCAAGGCGUGGACGGACGCGAUCGACGCCGUUUUUGGGGCGCUGGAUGCCCGCGUGCACUGGCGAACGAUCCUCGCCAGCACUCGAAUGGACCUCAACGGCGACGGCGCCAUCAUUGCGCUCGUCUGCACGCAGCUCGUCGGCAAGCUGGCGUGGGCGCUCGGCACCGACGACCUCCACGCGCGUCUCGAGUGCGCGCUUCUCGGUAGCGCGGUCGUCACGACGUUCUUUACAGGGUCGCUCCCGCACCCGGAUGCGCGCACCCCCGCCGCGUUCGCAUCUUACACGGCGAACGACCUGCUGUCGUUUCUGCCCGAGCUGCAUCUCAAGCUCGCGCACCCAGCGGCAUUGGUGCUUGCGUGCAGCACGUUGCUCGAGACGCUCCUCGCCCAUAAACAGUACAUUGAGGUGUUCCCGGUGGCGUGCGCGCUGGAAGUCUUGAGUACAAGGUACCUCCGCGACGCCCGCGGUGCUGUCCAGGCCAAGCGCAUGAAGGCCGAGGCGUGCAUCGGCGCAGGCUACAUGAGCGACGCCUGCCGUCUCUUGAGCGACAUUUGCCACAAGCCACACGUCGUGUUUGCUUCGUCCAAGAGGCUUGGGGACCCGGACAACGACGCUGUCUUUCGCUGGCUCUGCGACCUCAGUAUUGAGAAGCUUCUGAGCGAGCUCCAAGCGCGCAUUGGCAGCAGCCGCGUUGCCCACUUGGUGGUGCUCACGCUGCUUCGAUGGAUGGCGGCGCUCGCGUCGCACGAAGGUGCGUCUCCCCAAGGCACGGCCUUGCGCGCAGCGCUCAACAACUCCACCACCGCCCUCCAGGCAAGUGUCCUCAAGUCGCAAGCGCCCGCGCCGACAGAAGCUCCCGCGAGCGCGCGCAAGGGACCCGAACCCACCGAGCCGGUGGUCCCCGCUGUGCCCGACACGGAGCCGCUGCACCUCUGCGACAUCACGAAGGUGGCCUGCGAGUGCGACAUCCUCCUCGCGACCAUCGCCCUGCAAGACGGGUUCGUCGAAGUAGCUCGCAAUGCGCUUGUACGUGGCAUGAAGCUCUACAGCGCCACGCCCAAGCUCGAGCGCGACGACGAUCGAUACUUUGACGGCGCGUCGUCCGAGCUCAACGUGCUCUACUGGCUCGACUGCCGCGUCUUGAGUAUGCGCUGCGACAUCGCCCAAGGUCACUACGACGACGCGAUUGCACUCGCAGAGAUUGCGCUCGACGAGGCAGCCACGGCCAACGACCGCGUCUUUGCUCUGCAGCUGCGCGCGCUGCGCAUCCAAGCACGGCUGCUGCGCGGUGAUCGGACGCUCGCGCUUGCCGACGCGGAGACGUGGGUGGCAGACAACGACGCCGCGCUGCCGAGCCUCACGCACGCCGAAGUGUGCAUCAUGCUCAGCGUGCAUCACCGCACGGACGCCAUGUCGAGCAGCAGCGUCGACGAGCACGUAAACGCACUGCGCAGAAGCGUCGCCGUGCUCACUGCGGCCAUUGCGACCACCGACGCGCUCUUGACCCACCAAGGCUGGAUGGGGCUGGCGUAUACGCCCCACCGCUUGCGGCUGCUCAACUUCUACCACCCGAGUGUGCCCAUGUUUGUCGUGCUCAAAGCCCACUUCGUGGCGCGUCAGCUCGACCUUUACCGCGCGUGCCCUGACGACGUAGCGCUCGAGCACCUCUUGCCCGUCAUUAUGAGCGGUCUCGAGGCGCUCAUGCAUGUGUGUCACCCGCCGAGCUACCUCAAGCCGCUCCUUCUCUACUUCAAGGGCGCGGUGCUCCGUCGGCUGGCGGCCCCUGGUGCCACCGACGCAUUCCUCGAAGCGCUUACGCUGUGGAUCAAGGACGGUGGGCACCCGCGGAGUCACAUGUACGACGCGUGCAUGGAGCUCGUCGUCGUAUUUGGCAGCAAGCGCUCGGACGCCGACACGCAGGCCGCGUUCCACUACCUCCAGCUCGCGUGCAAGCUCCAGGACCAGCUUUUUGGCUUGUGGAACUCGAGUCAGCUCAACGCGACGAGUGCCACCGGUCUCGGGACGCUCCCGACCUUUCUGCAGCAAGAGAUCCUCGCCAGUGCAAAGUCGACUUCAACGACGAAUGGCAGCGCGCCGACGAUGGAGCAAUUAGGGUACCUAGUCUUGCCCUACUUUGUCUCGUUCAGCCGCGAGCACGACGUGGUGUUUGACGCGAGUCUCAGCGGCCAGCUCCACCGCGCCCACGUCUCGCUGCAUAACUUUCUAGCGAUCAACCACAGCGGGUACGCCAAGCUCUGUCUAUCAUCCUUGCCGCCCGUGCCAAAAGACGACCCCGAGAUCCCCGGAGGUCUCGUGUGCGUGCAGUGGCUGCAGACGUCGCCGACGACAGGCGACAUGUACUAUGCGCUCGGCACAGCAACCAGUGCCCACGAUUCGCGCUUCGCUGACGCGCCGCUUUUGAGCCGCAAGAGUCACGUGAGCUGGUCGGCCGUGCGGGCGCUCAAGGCCGACAUUUCGCGGCUACGCCACGCGCUCCAGGACAAGGAAGACCACAUCGAGCACCCGCAAGCUGCGUUGGACGCGGUGCUGGCUCAAAUGACGUCGCUUCUGCAGCCUCCGACACGCCUUGCGGACGACGCGGGUUCGAAUCUGGGUCGGGACGACGCUGUGCUGCAUGCGAUCACGUGCUCCCUCGACGACGUCGGUGCCUUGGAGCGCAUCUUUUGCACGGCCCGUGGGAUCAACCAGCCGCACCCUGCGAUUUGCUACUUUUUACGCCACGUUCUCGCCGCGCCGACGCCAAGCGACGACAACAUUGGCGACGCGCCGUGAGUCCCAAGGCCACGGCUGCAGUGUCCAGCUUGUACUAUCCAUGAAUAAUCCAGCGCUUGUACUAUCCAUGACUCCAACGAUCCAUCAAAAAUGCAAUUCGUUAUCCA